CGACACCCAACAAAUCCAAACAGGCAACAUCCACUUCGAAAAAAGGCAACUGAAGAGAUUCAAUCCAUCGCAACGCCAUUUCGAGAGCUUUUCCUUCCAACCCUGACGAACCACUCAUCGGAAAUCCUUCCGCCGCCACAGCAGCUCCAGCGUGAUCUCUCAGAAGGAAGCCGGAUAAUGAUUUCCCGUUCUGACGAAACCCCGCCCAAUUCAGCUUCAGCUUCCCCCUACAAGGCUUGACCCAACUGACAGCUCGAGGUUUCCUUCGUCCAAAGCUUUGAGGAGAGGAUUCAGACCAAAUCGCCUCCCAGUAAGACUUCCAAAGAUGCCAUGUGAUAACUCCUGAUUUCAGUAAUGCAUUAUCAAAGAACACCCAGAUUGAUCUAGCAAAAGAGGAUGAGAGCAGAAUGUGGUCCUGAUAAGCACUUUCCUUCUUACAAAAUGGGCACCUGGUCGGAAAAACUGCUGCAAACUUAGCCAAAUUAUGGAGCGAGGUAGACAUUCUGUAGAUGUGGGUAAUCUCCAACGCAAUCGCAAGAGGGAGAUUGCAUCGACUCGAUCUACUUCACGCAAAGGCAAAGGUAAAGCGCGGGCCGAGUCUUCUUUUCAAAGUCGAGAUGAUUUUGAAACGGAUUACCAACGGCGAGAUGGUAUGAUGAUGUCCGACGAGGAACUACAACACCUAUUGUCCCAAAAUGAUCCACGUUUUGCACAAGAACAACAAUUCCCGACAACCAUCGAUGAAGAGGAGCUCGAGGAUGACGAUGGGGAGGAGGACGCGGGGGGCGACGGGACUCCGGAUGAUGAGCAAGAGGACGAGGGCCCUUCAACGACUACAACCAAAAUUGGUAAGAAAUCUAAAUCUAGCAAUGCCGAUAUCAACCGUUGCCGUGGAACAAGAAUUCAGUGCGGCCGGCAACGUCCUAACCGAUUUUAGAACGAGGUUGAGCCUGAGCUCUCUUGAGACACUAGUUUGCUUUCACGAUUGGUUGAAGGCCCAACGAAGAACUCAAGAAAUUACCAUCACUCCCUCCCGCCACUUUAUGGAGGAAACAACCGAAGGCGGAGAGUCCGAUUGAUUUUUUAUUACAAAAUGUAUUACAUUUUUUAAAUUCAUCCUAAUUCUCAAUUGUACUUCUUAUUUGAAAUAAAUAUACUUCAAUUCGAAUAUAAUAUAUUGUAAUUGUAAUAAGAUUUAUUCUAAUUAUAUAAUAAUUAAA